CUGUGCUUCUGCACUAAAACUCUGGUGUGGAACACUGACACACAACUGUCCGUGGACAGCUGCAGGAUGGCCGGGAGUUUCUUCAAAGGAUGCUUCCUCUCCUUGUUCGACUAUAAAACGGAAAAAUACAUUGUCGCCAAAAAUAAGAAAGUUGGAGUUUUGUACAGACUUAUUCAGUUAUCUUUCAUUGGUUACAUUAUAGGGUGGGUUUUUGUAAGCAAGAAGGGCUAUCAGGAGACCGAUGAGGCCAUCCAGAGCUCUAUAAUAACUAAACUGAAAGGAGUCUCAGUGACUAACACCACUGAGUCUGGUCUGCUGGUGUGGGGACCAGAAGACUACGUCAUCCCACCACAGGGUGAAGCUGUUCUGUUUGUCGUAACUAAUUUCUUAGAGACGCCAAACCAGAGGCUGGGAUACUGCGCUGAGAACCCCAAAGUGCUGAAUGGUCACUGUCGAGAUGACAAGGACUGUGAAGAGGGGAAGAUGAUAGUGGCUGGUAACGGAAUUAUGAGUGGCCAAUGCUUAAGAAAAGAUGAAAACUCCACUGGGACCUGUGAAAUCUACGGCUGGUGUCCCAUUGAAAGAAUAUUCAAACCACAAGGGCCUCUGCUGACAAAUGCUGAAAACUUCACCAUCUACAUAAAGAAUUUCAUCCAAUUUCCAAAAUUCACAUUUUCAAAGUCCAACGUUCUGGAAACGACUGAUGACUCCUUUUUGAAGAAAUGCCGAUUUGACCAGGUGCUUCACCCCUACUGUCCCAUCUUUCACCUGGGUGACAUCACCAGAAGAGCUGGAUACAACUUCCAGGACAUGGCCACAUUGGGUGGCUCCAUUGGCAUUAUCAUAGAGUGGGACUGUGAUCUUGACAAAGGCCACUCUAACUGCCAUCCACAGUACCACUUUACUCGUCUGGAUGUCAGCGUCUCCAACAAGACCAUCGCAACCGGAUUUAACUUCAGACACACUCGGUAUUUCAAAAAUGCUGCUGGUGAGACCUAUAGAUCUCUAUUGAAAGUCUAUGGUAUCCAAUUUAACGUCAUGGUGCACGGAAAGGCUGGGAAGUUCAGCAUCAUCCCAACAGCCAUCAAUGUUGGCUCAGGGCUGGCUUUGAUGGGUGCUGGAGCUUUCAUCUGUGACUUGAUCCUUCUCUACCUAAUGAAGAAGGGCAACUCCUAUCGAGAGAGAAAAUUUGAAGUAUUUCACAGAAGUAAUAAAUCAACAUCUGAGGACAACAGUGUGGAAGAUGGAAAGGGUGACACGGAGCAGGACAAUCUGACGUUGAUGUGAAGCUCUUGUAAGACGAU